AGUAAGUAGUACCUGAUAUAACAAGGUUACGUUCACGCGGAGACACUGAAACACUUUGCAUUCAACAGAAAACAACAAUGUCCAACCCAGCUAGCUUCUGGACACAGGCUAACGCUCUUCUCCGCAAGAACUUAACUUACCAGAAACGCGAUGUCAAGACCAACGUGAGGCUGGUGCUGUUCCCGGUGAUCCUCGUCGUACUGCUCUACGCGCUCCAAACGGCGGUCGACAUCGUGCAGAGAGCGUCGCUUCAAGACGAGGAGAAGACGAAGGCCGCCGCCUGCAAAGGCUGCGUCUGCGUUCACGACAUCGGGCCCCAUGCCAAGUGCCCGGAUUCAGAGAAGGUGUGUGGGCCCCGAUUCUUGGGCCAAGAGGAUGCCAAGAAGUGUCCCGUACCCUACCCACCGGAGUGGCCUCCCCUUUUGCAACUUGACGUCGGCGACGGAUUCUUCAGCAAUGAUGCCGCCCGCAAUGUCACCAUGCUCUUCACUGGCACUGACCAAUUUUUUGGAGAAAGUUUAUUUGGAACUAUGUUCCCAACUGAGUUGAGUAUAAAUGAGUCUGAUAUCAUGGCUAGUUUGGCAUCAGUUGUUCUGGGAACUGAAUUUGGGUUGGAUUCAACCCUUUUUGUGGACCCUGCGUUAAGUAUUAACUCUUAUAUCCUUUAUCGUCUACAACAAGAUCAGUGUAAGGUGAACUCUAGUUUCUCCUUUAACUUCAACGAGGGAGACUCCAAAAUGAUCCGAGAUGUUAAGGUGAAUUGUACUCAGGCUUUUACCUUAUGGCGCAAGACUUUUUCUGAUAUAUGGGAUGAGCUACAAGUUGAAGAUUGUGAUGAUGAUACAACAGGUUACACGUUAUACAAGAAUCCUAUUAGUGGAGCUUUUGACUUUCUAAAUUCGAAUAAGAAUAUUUUUAAUGUUAGCUUUUUAAUUUACAAACAUGACAAUAGAGAUAAGAUCAACUUGAGCCGCACUCCUCGUUCUGUAAAUAUGAUAUCAAAUGCCUUCUUGAAGUUUUUGCUGGGAAAUGGUACCAAGAUGUUAUUUGACUUUAUAGAGGAAAUGCCAAAACCUGCAUCCUCAGACACAACAAUGAUUGAUAUAACUUCUCUCCUGGGUGGUUUGUUCUAUACAUGGGUCAUCCUUCAACUGUUUCCUGUUAUUCUGAUAUCGUUGGUGUAUGAGAAGCAGCACAAAAUAAGAAUGAUGAUGAAAAUGCAUGGUCUUGGAGAUGGACCAUACUGGUUGAUUUCCUAUGCUUAUUUUCUUGCCAUUUCCAUGGCCUACAUGCUGUGCUUUGUGUUAAUGGGUUCAUUCUUUGGAUUCCAUUUCUUCAGAGAGAAUAACUAUGGAAUCCAGUUUGUGUUUUAUUUUAUCUAUGUAAACUUACAAAUUGCCUCCGCAUUUCUGGUGGCUGCCCUGUUUUCGAAUGUUAAGCCUGCUACAGUUACAGCAUAUAUAGUUGUCUUUGGAACUGGACUGGCAGCUGCCUUUCUUUUCCCAGAUUUGAUGAAGAAUGAUCUGUUUCCAAAAAAAUGGAUCAUUGUUAUGGAGUUGUAUCCUGGGUUUGCUUUAUUUCGCGGGCUAAAUGAGUUUGCAGAAUAUGUCAGUGUUGGAAAUAGUUCAGGGACCCUUGGCAUGAGGUGGCAGGAUCUGAAUGAUAGCACAAAUGGCAUGAAACAGAUCUUAAUCAUCAUGUCAAUUGAGUGGAUAGUUUUCCUUUUUGUUGCUUACUACCUUGAUCAAGUUUCCUCAUCAGCAAGUGGGAGAAGUCCAUUUUUUUUCUUGAAAGGAUUUCAGAAGAAGACACCUUUGUCUUCCCAAAAGGACAAUAUGCCAAUACAGGGGUCAAGAGCCUUGGCUCAGAUGGAUAAACCUGAUGUAAUCCAAGAGAGAGAGAAAGUGGAGGAACUGCUACUUGAACCGGCCAGCAAUCACAGGAUAGUUUGCAACAAGCUGAGAAAAGUCUAUCAGGGGAGGGACGGAAACCCGGAUAAAGUAGCAGUGAGAGGCUUGUUCCUUGCUGUUCCUCAAGGGGAAUGCUUUGGCAUGCUUGGUCCCAAUGGUGCUGGAAAGACUUCUUUUAUUAGUAUGAUGAUUGGUCUGACAAAGCCAACCUCUGGUACUGCAUUUGUUCAAGGCAUGGACAUAAGAACUGAUAUGAAUGGACUAUACACAAACAUGGGUGUAUGCCCCCAACAUAACUUGCUGUGGGAAAGGUUGACAGGGAGAGAGCACCUACUUUUCUAUGGCAGACUUAAAAAUCUCAAAGGUUCAGCCUUAACACAGGCAGUAGAAGAAUCUUUGAAGAGUUUAAACCUUUUCAAUGGAGGAGUUGCUGAUAAACAAGUUGGAAAAUACAGUGGAGGGAUGAAGAGGAGGCUUAGCGUUGCAAUUUCUUUGAUUGGGAAUCCCAAUGUUGUUUAUAUGGAUGAGCCAAGCACCGGAUUAGACCCUGCAUCAAGAAAACGCUUAUGGGAUGUUAUUAAGACUGCCAAAAAGGAUCGUGCAAUUAUUCUCACUACUCAUUCCAUGGAAGAGGCAGAGGCCUUGUGUGAUCGAUUAGGAAUCUUUGUUGAUGGUAGCUUGCAAUGCAUAGGAAAUUCAAAGGAGUUGAAAGCAAGAUAUGGAGGAACUUAUGUGUUGACAAUGACAACACCUUGGGAGCAUGAAAAGGAAGUGGAGAACAUGGUACGGCUGCUAUGUCCUAAUGCUAACAAGAUAUACCAUAUUUCUGGGACUCAGAAGUUUGAGCUGCCUAAAGGGGAGGUUAGAAUAGCUGAUGUAUUUGGAGCUGUUGAUUUUGCAAAGAGAAACUUCACUGUUUCUGCAUGGGGUUUAGCUGACACCACAAUGGAAGAUGUCUUCAUUAAGGUUGCUCGUGGCGACCCCCAUUCUCAAAACCUGUCAUAAUAUAUAAUUGUCAUACAUGUUUAUGGCAUAUCAGUAUAUGGAUGUUAAAACUUUAA